AUGUCUGCACUAUGUUACGAUCCAGAAUUCGCUCAAUUGGCGGGCGAAUCUCUGACUGACCACCGAGAUGUGAUUCCGGUCGGUGACAUCAAGAGCCGAAGAGAUCGCAUCGCGCAAUUCAUUGAAAAGUCACAAUCUCAAGAGUUGCCAAAGGACAUCAAGCAGCAGGUGCACUAUAGCCCCUCAUCGGACGGUCAUCCAGUCGCCAUCUAUCACUUCACCAAAACAGGGACUAGCUCUGGGCCCGGUCCCGCGAUUGUUCACAUACACGGAGGAGGCUACACCUGCCUCACUGCCGCUGCAAUGACCCCGACUUUGACCAGCUAUGUCUCGAUAACGGGCGUCCCUAUAUUGUCUAUCGACUAUCGACUGUCGCCCGAGCAUCCUAUUGACCCGCAUCGGAUUGCCAUCAUGGGCGAAAGCGCCGGGGGCGGGUUGACGGCGGCGCUCGCCAUCCUUGCCAGAGACAGAGAGUUAUCACCCCCGCUAGCCAAGCAGAUCUUAAUGUACCCCAUGAUGGAUGACCGGACAGAAACGGACCAUACCGGCGGACUUGCCGUAUUUGCUACAGAGGAUGUUAUAACCGGUUGGGCAGCCUACCUGGGAGAUCUGUAUAAGACAGAUAAGAUACCGCCGUAUGCAGCAGCGGUAAAAUUGGAAGACGUGAGAGGUCUCCCACCUCUAUAUUUUGACUGCGGUCAACUAGAUAUGUUCAUACACGAGGGGUCCACGUAUGCCCAAAAAUUCAUCAUGGCAAAUAUCCCAGUUGAGAUGCAUGUUUACCAAGGAGUCCCGCAUGCUUUUCAACGCUUUGCACCAACCUCCAAAGUUGCUCAACGGGCGCUGGCUAACAGAGUUGCGGCAAUGCUCAGUUUUUGA